CCGAACUAACUAGCUCAGCAAUGACACAUGCGUCCGAGUCUACAACCUCCGAGGUAACACUUAAGUGCAGUCCUAAAAACAAAGGUCGAAAUUCUGUGCUCAGGCAGACUGUGCGGACGUAUAGACACAUGCUAAUGUUACAUAACGUUUGGUACUAAUCUUUUAGCCACACCUUAGCGGCUUUUAACAAUCAACUAAAACAAUUAACAAUCUUCUGCUCACACCAAGCAAAGAAUAUUGUUUUCGCGCAAGUGCAGUGCACUCUUGUCCUAAACGUAAAAGAUAUAUAUCUACAACCUCCGAUUCUCUUUAAGUGUCACUUGAGAUUGACCCUAAUAGAGUGCAUACUUCGAUAUUCAGACAGAUAAGGAGAAUUUGACAGGCAAACAGUUACUUAAAAGUUUUCAUAUAGAUUGAGAUGGUGUAAGAGAAUCUAGGCAACAUUUUCUAAUUCCUACUCUCUAGUUCCUAAGAGCAGAAUUUUGAAUUUGCUUAGCUUGUUUGAAAGGCAUUUUCAUAGAGAUUCGGGAGGUGUCCGAAAAGAUAUUUUACGGGUUCUAGGCUUCCAAAUCCUAACUACUUGACAGAGUCCUGUUGUAGGUUGUUUACGGAUCUCUGUUACAACAGAUGGUAGGUAUCCUUGCUAGAUAAAUUCGAAUUUAUCUUUUAUCUCACCCUUGACAUAUAACAUAUUCACAUAUAAUCGAUAUGAAAGUAUUAAAGUGGAGGUGAAAAAAAUUUUGUAUAAAAAUGCUGUGCUGCGAACACACCCCCACAAUUGAAAGAAGACAGCUGUUCAUUCAGUCUGUCUACCUUACAAGAAUUUAAUUGAUUUUAAAUCGGUGAACGUGCUGGGGUAACAAGAGCAUCGAAAACAUCUCCUUAUCAACGUUUUUAUGGUCUUGGUUUAUUUAUUUGCCUUUACUUUUGCAAACGUUUGCAUGCCUAUGCCAGCAAAGACAAACAUUAAAUGUUAAUUAUUCAAAUAUUCUCUUAGUUUCCUAAGAGCGUUUAAAACGUUAACAACGACGCGCCAAAUAAUUUAAACAAUUAUAAAGUUUCGUCUUUUUUUUUAUUUUUUAUUUUGUUUUUACUUUGCAAUAAAACAGAUGUGCAAGUAAAGCUGCUUUAUGUGUUAAAUUUCAUUACAUUCUAUUAGACAGUGGACAUUGAUCGACGAUUGUUCCUAGAAAAAAAAAAAAAUAAAAAAAUAAAAAAAUUAAUCUAAAUAAAAAGUUUUGUAUUCGACGUCAUUAGUUACUUAGUUUAACACUUACAUUUGUUCUAAUCUUAUCGAUUGAUAGCGGAAUAUUUGAAGUGCUCCUCCUUAACAACUUUGAUGCAAUAUUGACUUUUAAAAAUAGAAAAAUAAAAAAAACAAAAAAAUUUUUAUUUCACAUACAUACACUAAACUUACACACAUAUCGUUUGCCUAUUAUUAUGAGAUAGAAAAAAAUCUAUGUAUUUAUGAAGUGAGAAAUGAAGAUAAAAAGUCGGGAUAAGCAGUAAAAUUUAAAGCUUUAAGAUCUCUAAGACCUCUAUAACUAUUGAACAAAUGCAACGUAUGCAGGUGUGUUUCUACAUAAAAUAAGCAUUCAAUAGUCGAUGGUGUUUAUCCACGUAGCACAUGUUUGUGAUUUUAUUAAAUGAUGGCCAAAAAUGGCGGCUAAACCACCAAAGCCGCCAGGAAAUCUAAUGAAAUUUGUAUCCACCCCGAAUAACAAUAAUAACAAUAGUAAUAGCAAUAGUGAUACCAACGAAAACAAUUUACAAUCACCAGCGUUGAGUGUGGCCGGUGAAAGUAAAAGUUGUGCUCUUCAACCAUCGAAAGUUGCGACAAAUUGCAAUUGUCGAAAUAUCGCCAUUAUGCACUUAUUUCAUGAAAUGAAACAAGAGUUCCCCACACUUCCCGAUACCGUUGUGGCGCAAUGUGUGAACGAGAAUUGCCAUCAACGAGAAAAUUGCAUUCAAAUGUUACGGCAGGAAUUGGAAUUAAAUCCGAUUCCGGCGCAAACAUAUCCAGCCAAAGUUUUACAUCCGUCCAUCGCUAACAGUACAACGACGUCAGCGCAUAGUCCGUCAAGACCUGUAGUGCAACAAAAACCGCAGACUUUGCAAAAACCGCCCGUAAAACCAUUAAAACCGAUAAGACCUGCUCCUCUGCAACCAUCAUUUCCUCCACCACCGCCACCACCAUCGCUGCCAUUAAAAAAACCCCCCAAAAAUGUACAGAUAACCAAAAAUAAAGUAGAUAAAGAGAAAGCUUUAAAAGCUACCAAUAAUCACGGUAAUGAUAAUAUUGCAUCAGCUGACAUAAAAGAUGGUCAGACUAACUUAAGUAUAAAUGUUGGAUCGCCGAGCAAAAUAUUGGAUUUUGUUAGCAAUCAGGAUUGCCCCGCAACGGGUGCUAACCCAAUGGAGGAAUUACCUGUGCCGCCGCGGAUAAGACCGACAACUUUGAACUUAAACAGCGACCAGCAACAAUUACGGCAGCAGCAGGAACAACGUCAAUUAUUAAAUAUACAAUUACAGCAGCAAUUUCAACAACAACGUCAUAAAAACUUGCAGCCAUCAAUCAACAACGGAAGACCCUUGCGUAAAGCUCCUCUACCCCCUAUAGCACCCAAACCGUCAAACAUCAGUAAUAAUAUCAAGCAAUUUCAUCAACACCCACUUAUAAACAACAAUGGCAAUGUAUCGUUAAAUCUUAACAGUCCACUAUCCGAGACAGAACUCUCUGUAAAUGUAUCUUUAUCAACGCCAUCCCCGACACCGCCUCCAACACAACAAACUACGCCAACUCACCACCAGCGACAACUAAGCGCAAACAAAUCGCCUAUACGACAUCGUUCAGUCAUUAAUGUGCAGCCAGAGCCACCGUACUCGCGUGACUUUUUUGUUACUACCUCCGCAACAACAGCCAACACUAAAACACCAAUUAACUCGGAUUGCAUUGGUAAUAGUGCGGACUGUUUUAUACAUACUCCGAGAAGUUUUACUUCUGUUAAUCUAACAUUACGUCAGCCUACUGUAAGCGGCGAGAGUGAAAGUAACACUGUACCGCAACCCUCCACCAUUGAUAUAUCUGCGGGUCCUGGUUUGUCGGGUUCCACCGGUAGUGGCCUCACUUAUUCUAGUACAUCCUACGAUGCUAGGCGUCGAUGUCAAAAGAAUUUCCACAUCACUGUGACGGACGAAGGAAGCGUUUUUCGGGCAAGUCGAUUAAGUCCUCGAACACCUCAAAAUCAGCAGCAAUUACAGCAACAACAACACUUAUUGCAACAACAACAACAACAAGAACAGCACCAGCAAUUUCACAAUUGUUCGGUUAACAAGAAAAAAAGCGAAGAAAACCGUGGUGACAUCCAAAGAAGCGAAGAAAUGUGCCAACCACCACAACAAGCAGAAGAUGAUUUCCUUGCUGAGGUUUUGCAACGGCAAAAGAAGAAACGUGAUAAGUUGGCGGCCGUGUUACGUGAGAAUAAGAGACGUUUAAAUCAAGUGAAAGAAGAAAUCAAUGUAUUAACUGAACCGGUUGAGCCAGGAUUCUCUGAAAUGCUUGAAAACGACGUAAAAAGGUUAAGAAUAGAGUGUCAGGCAAUGCUCAAUGAAAUUGAAAAUGUGCGACGAUGUUCGGGUGAUAAUAAUUCUUACUUCUCACAACAUCAACAACUAUCAACACAAUCUCAAUCAUUCCCUCGACAAAGAUUCAAUAGACCCCCCGCAACACGGCCACAAUCGCCAUCCCAUCAGACUAGUCUAGAUUUUAUACAACAUCACAGUAGCACUUCAACAUCCCGCCCAUCUGCUCAACAUCACAACCAUAACCAUAUGUCAAGUGCAAUCGGUAGUCAAUCGAUAUUAUUGCCAGAAACACACCAAUGUUUUCAUCAUAGUCCUUACUUACAUGAUGAAGAAAUUUAUUCUGAUUCUGAAGCAACCGGGGGUGCCGAUGAUGACGAUGACGAAGAUGAACAACUAGAACAAUGGGCAUGCGAUAUGUGUACAUUCCGCAACCAUGCACUGCUAAAUAUAUGUGAAAGCUGUGAAAGUGUUAGAAUAUUGCCUGGUACGCUGACAAAUUUCUCACGUCCAAUAACUAAUGCGGCCGCUUCCUCGAAUGCAUUAAAUAAUCCAACAGCCAUGACAGGCAGUUUAGAGCACGAUGCUAAUUUAGCUCAACAGCAAUUGCAACAAUUUGCUCUGCAUACGUGAUUAAAUGUUAUGUUUUUCUGAUUUUCUGUUACAGUCUUGUGCAUGCAUUUUCUGAAAACAGCUUGAAAUUGUUAAUUAAUUGCUUUUUUUUUUGUUUCUUAAUCAUGAAAACGCGAAACAAAAUUUUGCUUUUAUUUGUUUUGUUUUCUAUCGUUUUAUGAGUUGAUGUUUUCAUGUUGGUUUUUAUAUCGUAAUAAUUAUUAUGCUAAGCUUACAUUAACUCAGUUGAAGGUUUGCUUUGAACUGUGAUUGUCUGUAAAUGAUUGCUUGAAUUGUUAAUAGCAUUAGGAAAACAAAGAAAGAAAUUUAUAAAAUAAAAUUUAAUAAAAUUUAAAAAUCCUCCCUUAAUAUUGAAAAAAACAAAAUUGAACAAAUAUUUCUUAUUCUUCGUGUUCUUACU